AAAGACACUACAAACUAAAAAAAAGUGAGGAAAGAUACAAGAAAUUGUGUAGCACUUUCCAAUUAAACUCAAUCAUCAUUUUGUUCAGUUUAAAUUUCAGACAACAACAACAAAUGUUUUCUCAUCUGAAUUUUCCACUUCUUUUCUCUCUCUAAAACUUUGCAGUUUUUAGUAACAAACCUUCAAAAUUUGUCCACUCCCAACUCAUUUCAUUUUCUUCCUUAAACAUUUGCCUUACCCUUUUGAGUAGUUGACAUUGGUCUUUGAUCACAAAUUCAAAUACGAAAAAAAAAAGUUUCAUUUUAUAGUUUAAUUUUGUUGCAAGCAAAGCCUAAAUAUGAGUAGAAAGAAAAGGGUAUUUUCCAUUGAAAAUAUUGAAGAGGUUUCUGUGGAUUUCUUCAACUAUCUUCUGCAGGAGAAGCCAAAGAUUCCAUUUUUCAUUCCAUUUAUUUUGAUUGCUUUGGCUAUUGAGAAAUGGGUCUUCUCUUUUUCUACUUGGGUUCCUCUUGCACUUGCUGUUUGGGCAACUAUGCAGUGUGGUAUCGAACAUCGACAUGCCUUCUAUCUGAAAUGUCGAUGCUACGUAUUUCAGUAUGGGAGAUACCAACGCAAACUACUUGUGGAGGAUUUGGAUAAGAAAUGGAAGCGAAUAAUAUUGAAUAACUCGCCCAUUACACCAUUGGAGCACUGUGAAUGGCUUAAUAAAUUGUUGACAGAAAUCUGGCCUAACUAUUUUAGCCCCAAGCUUUCAUCAAGAUUAAAAGCUAUAGUUGAGAAGCGUUUAAAGCUCCGGAAACCAAGACUUCUUGAAAGAGUUGAGCUGCAAGAGUUUUCGCUAGGAUCAUGCCCUCCUAGCUUGGCCUUGCAAGGGAUGCGGUGGUCAACUAUUGGCGAUCAGCGAGUAAUGCAACUUGGUUUAGAUUGGGACACCAAUGAAAUGAGUAUUUUGAUGCUUGCUAAGCUUGCGAAACCAUUGAUGGGAACUGCACGAAUCGUGAUUAGCGCUCUUCAUAUCAAGGGUGAUCUUAUCUUAACGCCGAUUCUAGAUGGAAAAGCACUUUUAUAUUCGUUUGUAUCGGCUCCUGAGGUGAGAGUAGGAGUUGCCUUUGGAAGUGGUGGAAGUCAGUCACUUCCAGCUACCGAGUGGCCUGGUGUUUCUUCUUGGCUGGAAAAGCUUUUUACUGACACGUUGGUUAAAACCAUGGUGGAACCUCGACGGCGAUGUUUCACAUUGCCUGCUGUUGAUUUAAGAAAAAAGGCAGUUGGAGGGAUCAUAUAUGUUAGAGUGAUUUCCGCAAAUAAACUUUCUUGGAGUUCCUUCAAGACAUCUAGGAGGCAACAAAAUGGAACAAACAGUUGUUCUUCUUCAUCAGAAGACUUUUUUGACGACAAUGACCUACAUACAUUUGUAGAGGUAGAAAUCGAGGAAUUAACGAGGAGAACGGACAUCAGACUUGGUUCAACGCCCAGAUGGGAUGCACCGUUUAAUAUGGUUAUGCAUGAUAAUUCAGGAACUCUUCGUUUCAAUCUUUACGAGUGUAUUCCAAACAACGUGAAGUGUGACUAUCUGGGAAGUUGUGAAAUAAAGCUGCGGCAUGUUGAAGAUGAUUCAACAAUAAUGUGGGCGGUAGGACUCGAUUCCGGGGUUAUUGCAAAGCGAGCACAAAUUUGUGGCGACGAAAUUGAAAUGGUUGUCCCAUUUGAGGGUGCCAACUGUGGAGAGUUGAAGGUGAGCAUUGUAGUAAAAGAGUGGCAAUUUUCUGAUGGAACGCAUAGCUUGAACAAACUCCGUAACAACUCUCAGCAGUCGCUAAAUGGAUCGUCAAAUCUUCAGUUAAAAACUGGAAAGAAACUUAACAUAACUGUUAUCGAAGGAAAGGAUCUCGCUGCUGCGAAAGAUAAAUAUGGAAAAUUUGAUCCGUACAUUAAAUUGCAAUAUGGAAAGGUUAUCCAGAAAACAAAGACUUCUCAUACUCCAAAUCCUGUCUGGAAUCAGGCGUAUGAAUUCGAUGAGAUUGGCGGUGGCGAAUACUUAAAACUAAAAGUUUUUACUGAGGAACUUUUCGGAGACGAAAACAUUGGUAGUGCACAAGUAAAUUUGGAAGGAUUGGUUGAUGGAUCGGUCAGGGAUGUAUGGAUACCUCUUGAAAGAGUGCGUUCGGGAGAAAUAAGACUUAAAAUAGAAGCCGUAAAGGCUGAUGACCAAGAAGGAUCAAUGCGUUCAGGCUCAGGAAAUGGUUGGAUAGAACUUGUUCUGAUAGAAGGAAGAGAUCUAGUUGCCGCGGAUCUCAGAGGCACAAGUGAUCCAUAUGUGAGAGUACACUACGGAAACUUCAAAAAAAGGACAAAGGUUAUAUACAAAACUCUAACCCCUCAAUGGAACCAGACCCUAGAGUUCCCCGAUGACGGAAGUCCCUUGAUACUUUAUGUGAAAGACUAUAAUGCAUUACUACCUACAUCAAGUAUCGGUGAAUGUGUCGUAGAAUAUCAACGGUUACCUCCAAACCAGAUGGCCGAUAAGUGGAUACCUCUUCAAGGAGUGAAAAGAGGUGAAAUUCACAUUCAAAUUACUAGAAAAGUUCCAGAGAUGCAAAGGAGGCAAAGCAUAAACUCUGAACCUUCUUUAAGUAAAUUGCACCAAAUUCCGACGCAGAUAAAACAGAUGAUGAUCAAGUUCAGGUCACUAAUAGAAGAUGGGAAUCUCGAAGGACUCUCUGCAACUUUGAGUGAGCUAGAAACUCUGGAGGAUACGCAAGAAGGAUAUGUAUCUCAGCUCGAAACUGACCAAAUCCUUCUUUUCAGCAAAAUAAAAGAGCUUGGCCAAGAGAUUAUCAAUUCUUCUCCUUCCUUAAGCAGAAGAAACUCUGAAAGUGCCAACUAACUAACGCUUUCAUGUUUGCUAUUCGAGUUUAACAAAUAUACAUCGACAGUGUAAAUAGGUUUACAUAGACGUCGAAUUAUAUUUUACUAUUUUAACAUGUGUGUUACUUCUUAAAACACGGUUACACUCACAAAAUGGUAAAAUGUAAUCGAUGUCUAUAUAGAGUUUGUUUACACUGAUAAUGCAUAACUAUUAAACUAUUACUCAUUGUGGCUGUAUAUUUUAUACAUGUUUGUCAUAUUAGUUUGCCUUUUUAUAUCACAGCAUGUUUGUUAUCUCUAGUGAAGUUUAUUUCUUAGUACAUGUUGUAUUUACUCCUGAACAGGAAAUUAUGUUUUAUGACUUUGUCAUCUAGCAACCUGAUAAAACUAUGUAUGAGUGUAAAUAAACAUUUGUAAUUUAAGUAUGAGAUCUAUUGAGCAAAA